AUGUCCUUUCUUCCCUAUCGUCAUUAUCCAUUCUUUCUUUCUUUCUUUCUUUCUUUUUUAACUUUUCUACAUCACUUCUUUAUUUCCCUUGUUUCAUCAUCCACUCUUCCUUCCCCCUACAUUCCUUGCUUUCUUUCUUACACUACUUUUUUCUUUUAUUUCAUUAUCCCUUCUUUCUUUCUUUCAUUCUUUCAUCAUUUCUUUCUUUCUUUUUUCUUUCUUUCAUUCUUUCAUCUUUUCUUUCUUUCUUUCUUUCAUUCUUUCUUUCUUUCUUUCUUUCGUUCGUUCGUUCUUUCAUCUUUUCUUUCUUUCGUUCUUUAUUUCUUUCAUCUUUUCUUUCUUCCUUUCUUUCUUUCUUUCUUUCGUUCUUUUCUUUCUUUCUUUUUUUUCUUUUCUUCUCUUUCUUUCUUUCUUUCGUUCGUUCUUCCUUCCUUCCUUCCUUCCUUUCUUUCUUUCUUUCUUUCUUUCUUAAAACACAUCAUUUUCCUUUUAUUGUCCUUUAUUCUAUUCUUUCUUUUUAUACUUUUCACUUUGGUUUUCGUUUUCCUUCCCGAUUUCAUUACUUUUAUUUCAGCUUGUGUUUUUUUUUUUUUUAUCUUUAAGAAAGUCUCUUUUUCGCACUUGUCCGGUUUCCUUUUCCUCUUCAGUUUCACGUUUUUUCUUGCGUUCUCCCUUUCUCAUUCAAUACCUGGAUUUCAUUUCCUUGCUUUUCGCUUUCUGUUUCCAAUCAACUCUCUCCCAGUUCAUUAUUUUUAUUUUUAUUUUUUGAAUCUCUCAUAA